AUGGACAAGAGAAACUGCUCAUCUGUACCUGAAUUUCUUCUGUUGGGAAUUAUCAACAAACCUGAGAUGAAAGGAGUAUUUUUUACAGUGUUUCUGCUUGUUUACCUCACUAUACUGCUAACAAAUCUUGGGAUGAUCACUUUGAUCAGAAUGGAUCCCCAGCUUCACACCCCAAUGUACUUCUUCCUCAGCCACCUCUCUUUCUCUGACCUCUGCUAUUCCACUGCAGUUGGACCAAAGAUGCUGAUAGACUUUCUUACAGAAAAUAAUCCAAUUUCCUUUGUUGGCUGUUUUCUCCAACUCUUGAUUGUCUCUGUUUUUAUAGAUGUUGAGUGCAUGCUGCUGGCGGUGAUGGCCUUUGAUAGGUACAAGGCCAUCAGCAACCCCCUGCUGUAUGCUGUGGACAUGUCCAGUAGAGUUUGUUAUCAGUUCUUAACUGGGAUUUACCUACUGGGAACUAUAGAUGGUUUCAUACAUACCUCGCUGGCAUUCAGCUUAUGUUUCUGUGGCUCUACUCAGAUAAAUCAUUUUUUCUGUGAUUUACCUCCAGUCUUACUUCUUUCCUGUUCUGAUACGCAGGUUAAUGAGCUUGUAUUAUUCAUUCUUUUUGGAUUCAUUGAGCUGAGCACUAUCUCUGGAGUGCUUGUCUCAUACUGUUACAUCAUCUCAUCUGUCUUAAAGAUCAGUUCUACUGGUGGAUGGUUCAAAGCUUUCUCCACCUGUGCCUCCCACCUGACUGCAGUUGGGAUUUUCCAGGGGACCAUGCUCUUCAUGUAUUUCAGACCAAGUUCUGCCUACUCUCUAGACCAAGACAAAAUGACCUCAAUCUUUUACCUCCUCAUUAUUCCCAUGAUGAACCCUCUUAUUUACAGCCUAAGAAACAAGGAUGUCAAAGAAGCCCUGUUCAGAUUCAGAAACAAAAGGUGGCUUUAA